AUGGAUCAAGAUGUCCAAGAGGUGGCAGCCCACACAGGAACAGCACACAUGGCUGAUGCCUCACUUGACAAAAUACCAAGUGAUGCCAUGGAGUGGUUAGAGAAUUGGCCUGAGGAAGAUGUUGUGUGGCCUGAUUGUCCUAUGGAGCAGCAUGCGUUGAGUGAAGAUGAGAAGGCAGAGCUGUGCUUAGCUGAAAAGGAACACAAAGAAAUGGCCCUUCGUAAAUGGACAACAUCCAAGCAGGAGGUGUGGCUUGAACUGUGGUACCAAAAAUUCGCCAAAAAGCAGAGUGACAAGAGUAGAAACCACAAAAACUUCUUUGCGGACCUUUACGAAAAAUGGUUUGAAGCAUUUCCAGAGCCUCAGCCAGAUCAUAUCACCAAAUUGGGGCCAUUAACACUGGAAGAACACGAUAAUGCAACUGACAUACGGAAAGCUAAAUUACAUACACAGUUCAAGAAUAACUUCAGCAGGUCGAAGGUGGGGCAACAAGCAAAAGCCAAUGCAAACAACAUCUUUGACACUGUUGAAGCAUAUUCCAAGUUGUACUAUGCUGACCGUGUUCAGAAAUCCAUCCAAGAGAUGCUCAAGGUUGCACAAGCAACACAAUCACUCACAAAUGGUCAGCAAGUAGCACUUGUGAAAAAAGAAACCGUGGCCCUGUAUGCUGGUGAGUCUGAGGAGAUCAAGGCUAAAGUGAAGGAGUAUAUCCAUGCACAGAAGCAAGAGCACAGUAAGGAAAAAGCUGAGCCUUGGAGUGAUGAAGAUCAGCAGCGAAAUCUCACGAAGCUAGCCACCAUUGCAAAUCAAUUUCUGAAAGGCCUCGCUGAUGCCACCGGCCUAUCCUUCAGCCUUCUCAUUGGGGGUCCAUCCGUCGAGUUAGGUGGGAUGAUUGAUGUCUGGAGCUUCCAUGUUGGGACGACGAAGCUGGGCAAUAAUUUUAGCCAGGCUUACCCUAAAUUUGAGAGUGAAGUAGUGGGACCGUUUCAUGAUUAUCUGUAUCGUGUGUACCCAGAGGCUGCAGCACUCAAAGAUCGGAAGAUGGGAGGAGCUAGCAGCUCCAGUUCAUCGUGGGGAGAGAGCUUAUACAACAAGAAUCAGCCAUCAUAUUGUGCAUUGGAUAUGAUGGACGAGUUGUCCAAGCAGGAUACAUCUUUGACAAACAUGUUUGGAUCACCAGAUUUAUCCGACUUUCCUUCUUUGUCACAUGACCCAGAUGUAUCCGAGUUUCUGCCUUUGUCAAAUGGCCCUGGGUCUCCCAUAUUGACCUCUCCAGCAUCGCAGCCCUCCAGCUCUGACAACAUUCUCUCUGGCAACAAUGAAUCAAACUGGCUGGCGUCCAAUGGCCUCAACGAUCUCUUAGAAACAUUGGCCCAGAAUCUGCCAAUGUCAACUGUCGACUGCUUGAUGUCACACGGUCCUCCUUUGCUGCCUUCCAUUCCUGCGGUUCCAGCUGCAGCUGAUACAUUCUAUUUUCCCCCACUACCCAAACUGUUUGAUGGUAUGCCCUCAGCUGACUCACUUCCUAAUCCCCCUCUGCCACACAAACCAUUUGAUGGUACACCCUCAGCCGACUCACUUCCUGAUGCCCUUUCACCCUCAGCCGACUCAGCCCCUAGUGGAUUCACGCGCCCAACUGCUCACCUCCCUGGAAAUGCAGAAGAGCCCAACAGCAACAGGCCAGAUGCACUCCCUGCAUCUUCAAUGGCAGAAGAUUCUACAGAGGACUCGCAUCCCUCACCCAUCCCAUCUCACACUUCCACUUCAGCAAACAUCAUCAAUGAGCCUCAAGCAGAUGAGGCUCAAAAUGACAAAGGGAAUGACAGCAGCAGACCCCACAGAACAAGGCGCACAUGCAUCCCAUCAACACGCAACAUCAUUGCCAACUUGAUCGGCAACAAUUGCAGGGAGAAUGUAUCCUUGAACCCAGCUUCAAAAUGCAGCCACACCACUGAUUCAUCCACUCAUGCAGGUCAGCAAGCAAAAAGACCAAGGGUGUGA